CAUGGCUACGGUGCUGUCACGGGCGCUGAAGCUGCCAGGCAAAAAGAGCCCAGAUCUUGGGGAGUAUGACCCCCUUACUCAGGCUGACAGUGAUGAGAGCGAAGAUGACCUGGUGCUUAACUUGCAGAAGAAUGGUGGGAUCAAAAAUGGGAAUGGUUCCCUGGGGGAAGUGCAGGACGUGGACUCUGACGUGGAAAUUGGGAUGACAAAGCAGCACCUGUCCAAGGGAACAGCAGAGGAGUAUCCAAGUGAUGCGAUUGGUGCCCUAGAGCAGAAGACAGCUAGCUCCUUGAUGCCAUACUUGCGUACUGCAGUCUUUUUGCUCACUGUGGUUGUCUCCAUGAUCCUUGUGCUAGUGUGUGCUUUUCUUAUUCCUUGUCCUCCUAGAGAUCUGCACCUACAUAAUACCUGGACUCGCAGCUUGGGUCAGGAGGCAGGUGGAGUGCUUUUUCAACCCGAACUUUUUGACGUAAAUGGGGAUGGUCUGCCUGACGUUCUGCUGUCCUUCACAGCUUUGAAAAAUGCCAGUGUGUUGGGUGUCUCCAAACCAUGGGUAACUUUGAUGGCCCUUUCUGGGAUGAAUGGCAGCACCUUGUGGUCCAGUCAUGUUCCAGAAGAUAUUCGGAGUGUGCAGUGUAAGGGCCUGACCUUGGCGUCCUUGACAGAGCCAGUCUGUCUCGUUACUGGAGUCUCUAAAUUCCUCAGCCUUCUGCGUGCCUCUUCAGGGGAACAGAUUUGGACACUGAACAGAUCCCACCUGCCUAGUGAAACAUUGGCUGCCCCUGCUGUAACUGUACCAGAUGUGGAUGGAGAUAGGGUCAGUGAUUUAGUGAUCCUGGCCCUUGGAAAAGCACAGAAAGACCUAUAUUUUAUCCUUGUAUCGGGUAAAACUGGGAUCCCUAUGGGAGGAUCUGUGAAGUACGAUAUCAAUGGAAAUGGAAAACUGAUUGGUCCUCAGGCUCACAUAACCAGCCAUGGAGCAAUCUACAUCUUGUUUGGCUUUGGUAAUGUCCAAGCAGUUGCCCUGCGUGAUAUCUUUGCUCAAGCCAGAAACCAUGAUAGCUUCCCACCACCACUGCAGCAAAAAGAGCUGGAGUGGGAGAAGCUCAGAUCCUUCAAUUUGUCAGAGCUCAUUGGCAUUUACAGUGAAGGUGUUGAGUUUCUGCAGACAGUAAAGUCUCUUGAUGGCAACUGCAGUGACCUCCUUAUCACUACUGAGCAUGGUCUGACCUUACUGCGAGGACAGGAUUUGAAACCUCGUUGGACUCUGGAGCAGCAGGACAUCGACAGCCAGCCUUCCCCUGGCUACUUCAACGAUGAUCAAACCCUGGACUUCAUGCUUCAGGCACAAAGUGGAAAUGGCAUAAUGAAAAAGGUACUGGUGGUGGAUGGCAAAUCAGGCUUUCCAGUCUGGAACUACGAACUGCCAUGCCACAUGAAAAAGUCAGACGCACUGUCGGUGAUGACUCUGGAUAGAAAAUCCGUCUUUCUUUUCUGGGCUAAUGAGAAGCAGCCUCUUUUAAAGAGCUUGGAACCCAGCCCAAGAGUUCAUCAUCUUUAUCUCCUUCAUCCUACUUUCCCUGCAAUCCUCUUGGACCUUAGCAAUACAACAGGCACAGUGACUGCUUCAUCUAUUGGAAUCAAUGAUCUUCAAAAAGAUGCGUUUUACAUCACCGUGACAACAAGCCCCACUUCUGAACACCAGCCAGGAUUUCUGUCUGUCAGCAAACUCCGCCUGAGGUGGGCCAUGAUGACUCAGAGCCGAGUGGUAUCCCUGAAGGAGACCAAGCCCAACGUCAGCCAAGGGGAACUGAGACGCUUGCUUUCCAGGAUCAAGUUUACUGAUUUUACUCACAAGGAGAUGAGAUCAUCUGCCCUUCUUGCCUGAAGACUUACAAACACCUGCAGCCAGCCCUGAUAUGCCUGACUUUGACCCUCUCUCUCCUCUCCCUUACCACUGCCCAGUUCUAGGCAUGUGACUCUUCAGGUUUUCUGAGCAAUGGGAUAAAAUUAAGGUCCUCCAUAGCAACAGGCCAAGCUAGUCAGAAAAACUCUGUGAUACGUUCUGUAAGUGAAGAAUGGAGACUGGAAAAAAAACAGCAGCUAAUCAUACUUCUGGAGGGCUGGAGAGGCUGCAAUGGUGAUCCUCAGGCAUCCGUAUUUGAAGGAACGCUGCUGGACCCCUUCACUGCUAUUCCCUGCCUGCAUGCUUCCUUCUGGGUUGAUUGGACGUGUAAAUUUAUGCUGAGGCACAAGUGUGUAUAUUAUAUGCAGAUAUAUAGAAAUAUAUAUAUAUAUAUAUUUAUGAAGUGCUUCAAAAAACUCCUAUUUGUAUCUGAAAUGCAUUAUGAUGGCCUCUCCUUUUUGGCCCACACACAAUUAUAUUUUUCUCCUCAUGGGUUCCUUCAGCUUUUCUACCUCCUUUGUGUUGGGUCACAGAUGUAUCCCAUUUGGUUCUUGCACCCUUCUGUCCCCUGAUCUAUCCUGGCCUCUUGACCAAAGCUGGAUUGCAUUAUGUUGAACAAUUGUGUAUUCUCCUGCAUUCAUUUGGCAACUGCCUCUCUUUUCAUCAUGCUUUACAGUUUUCUUUAACUACAAGAUAACAAAAUCAUCAGUGUGACACAAUGUACAUUGUCUCUGUUAUGAAAAAUGAACAGUUUCUGCCUGAAAAACUCCAGUGUCUUGCACUUAAUGCCCUCUUUUGAUGCCACUGGUGUCUCUUCAAGAAGAACCCGGAUUCUACCACAUUGCUGAGUAACUGGCAUCUAGCUCUGUUGAUGACCUUUGGAGUAACAGUUGCAGGAAGAGAGGGUUUAUGGCUGGGCCAUCAGUGCAUUUUUCCUGGUAUACUCAUUUCCAUAUAUUGGCCUUAGAAGCAAAGGGUGGCUAGAUGAUGCAGAACAUCCAGUGGAGGAUGUUACCUGCACAGGCUGCUUCCAACAUGAGGAAGUGGCUAGGGUCCCCAGUCUCGUUGAGCCUGUGGGAUUUUUAGAAUUUUGAGAAUGGGGAGUGGAAGCCACCACAGAAUGGCUGCAAUGGAGACUCGGGUCAGUCACAACAAUGGUUGCCAAGAGAUUCUGGGGCCAGUCACAAAAUCUUGGGAGGUUGUGAGCCGAGCAUCCUGCUACAAUAGAGGCAGCUGUUUCCAAAUGAGCAUUUCUUGCAGACACAAACUGAUGCCUCCUGGGUUGUUCUGAAGCACCUCCUGAUCCAGCGAGAUGGAGGACUGCCAGAACUGGCUGUUGGCUUUGGGGGAGAAGGAGACUCACCCACAGCUGGGCAAUGUGGAGCUCACGUGCGUCAUGUCGAAGAUCACUGUUUUACCAUAUUAGGCCCCAUACAUACAACCAUAAAGGUUAUAUCAUUGAUAUUAGCUUCUGUCAACAAUAUGUACAUGGUCAAGCCCCACAAUACUUAUUAGCAAGUAUUAGAAAUUACAACUCUUGUGAUCCAAGGAAGAAUGGAGUAAUGGCUAAAGGUAGUCGAGGGAAUAGCACAUUACAGCCUCUUACCAUUAAUAUUAUAUGGACUAUAUAUGACUAACAGUGCAGUCCUAGAUGGAUAGCCGUGUUAGCCUGUCUGUAGCAGUAGAAAAGAGCAAGAGUAUCUGAAGACGUGAGCUGCGGCUCAUGAAAGCUCAUACCCUACCACAAAUUUUGUUAGUCUCAUAAGUGCAGUCCUAAGCAGAGAUACACUUCUAAACCCAUUGAAUUCAGUUAGAAGGGCGUGACUCUGCUUAGGACUGUACUGUAAUUGUAGCCCACAUAAACCCAUUAGUGCUUUUUCCCUUCUCACUAGUGGUUUUUGGCCAUGUCAGAGGGCCAAAGGCUGUGUACAGCUGAUAGUUUUGAAAAGAACUACUUCCUGUGUUCAGUGUAAUAAUGGAUCUGCUCAUCUUUGUGUGGUAAAGUGUUUGUCUCUCCACUGUAGGAUUUUUUUUAAAAAAAUGUUGUUGAUCCACAGAUCUCUGCCUCUCUUUUAGGGUAACCUGUCCUCUUUCCAACUGUUCAGUGCUAUUUUUACCCUUUCUAGUUUCUAUUAGUAGUGAAAUUGACUAGAUCAGAAAGGAUCUUCCGUCUGGUCUAGUAAAUGUCAUCCCUGCAUAGGAGUAAGGAAAGUGCCUGCAAUCAGAAAAAUAAAAUGAACAAGCUCUUUUGCUCCCCGAGUCCCACUACUGUGGCAAUACUUUCCUGUCUUCCAUUGUUCUCUUACAAGCUCUAAUGCUGGAUCAGGGCUAAUAACCAUGGUAACAGUAAAAGGAACAGUCAUUCCUGUUGCUCCACAGAAAUAAUCAUUCGUACACAGCCAUUUUCUUGUAAAUGUGUCUCCAUCAUUAUCUCUUAUCCUCAAUCCGGCAGGAGGGGCCUUGACCUUUCCUUGGUAAUUCCUGAGCAUUUGAUAGAGUGUGUAUAUGUAGAAUGUGAGUUUAUGUAAAUAGAUUUGUAAAUACUAGCACAGGCCAUAGCAAGUGCACUGAGACCAAUUCCUAGACCUGUGUUUAUAAAUAAAGGCAAAAGCUAAAGACAUGAGGACUGGUUCUAGAAUUUCCUUCUCUAUGAUGCAGUCCUAGAUGGCAAAAUUGGUAACCUUCUGAGGCAGAUCAUACUCUGCCUGUAACUCAUAGACUUGAUUUGUGUUGUUUGGUGACACUGGGCCCUCCAUAAUGUGAAUUGUUUAUCCACAGCCUGUCCGCACUUUAAAUAAAGAUCUUGUCUCUGUAUUGUUUGAACUGUGAGCUGUAAUGGAACAAAUAAAUAUCAUGUAUAGCA